AUGCACGCAGCAGUCGAUCCGAACUGCGACAUGUAUCAGGUAAUGAUAAUCGGGAAGGAGUACUACAUCCAUAACAAAGAAUACCCUCAAAACUACAGCCGAGGUUCAUCGUGUAGAUGGGUGGUGAAAAGUGAUAUCGGUACCAAAAUUGUCUUGUCCUGUACCGAUGUCUUAUUGCCCAAGGUUGGUUGCUCGAGCAAUCGUGGGUCCGGUAAUGAGGUUGCCCUUCUUCCGAUCAGGAAAUGGGAUGGGGUUAAAACGUCCAAGUCAGAAGGAUCAGAGGACAUCGGAGUGAGAGGACCAACGCUGCGUGAUCGUACGACCCGCACGUACAAUUUCCAACGCUGCGCCGCGCUCGCCGAUAAACUCCACGGCACCCCAACGACGACCUUCAAACAAUGCUUUGUGCACCGCGCCGCUCCGCCUUGUCCCAGCUGCGCUUUUUUGCUUGCCGGCGCUACAAUCCUUGGAGGACAAGAAACGGGCGUCAACGAGUACCCUUCGAUGGCGGGGCUGGUAAAUCUGAACCCUUUCAUCAUAAUUUGCGGGGCUAGCAUAAUCUCUGAAUUUUUCGUGUUGACCGCCGGUCAUUGCGUCUACAAUAGAGAUCGCAGCACGUUUUCGGUUUUAGUGGGCGGGCACAACAUCACUUCAGGAACCACCCCUUAUUCGAAGAUUUAUAAUGUUAACACCUACGAAAUCUUCCCCAACUUCAGUCUAAUUAAUACGGUGAUAGAUGACAUCGCGAUCAUUAAAACUCAAAACCAAAUAGUGUUUAGUUUAUAUAUCGGUCCCAUAUGCUUACCAUUUCGGUACAAAACCUCCGAUUUCGUUGGUCAACUUGUUACGGCAUUGGGAUGGGGUAGCCUGAACGUUUCCGAUAGCCAAUCGGACGUGCUAAGGAAGACAAGUCUCACUGUAAUUUCAAACCAGCAGCGCGCCCGGGACCAGACUGAGAAUAUCAACAACAAUCAUAUAUGUACAUUUACUCUGAGACAUCGCGAGUGCGCUGGUGAUUCUGGAGGCCCGUUGCUGUGGAUGGAUCCGAGCACUCAAAGGUUGCAUCUUAUCGGGAUCAUAUCCCACGGGCUCGACUGCAAUAUCGACAGUCCCUCAAUUAACACCAGGGUUACUUCGUAUUUGGAUUGGAUCGUUGCCAGAACUGGUAUGUAA